CCAUUAGAGACUGCAUAACCAAACAGUCAAAACACUUGAUCGAACCAUGUCUCCAAAGGCAACACUGCUACCAAGCCUAAUUCUCUUCUUUCUGCUCUCUUUCUCGAUCCCCACGCCCUUCGCCGCCGACGAGCUGACGGUUUACGAAGUCCUCGAGGAGUACGACUUCCCGGUGGGUAUUCUCCCCAAAGGCGUAGUGAGCUACGAGCUGGACACCUCCACAGGUAAGUUCUCAGUCUACUUGAACAGCACUUGUACAUUUACCAUCGACUCGUAUAAGCUGAAGUACAAGUCCACCAUAACGGGUGUUAUAACCACUGACAAGAUCUCUAGCUUGAGUGGCAUCCAAGUUAGGGUGCUCUUUCUGUGGCUGAGCAUUGUCUCCGUGACUCGUAACGACGAUGAGCUAGAAUUCUCGGUCGGCAUCGCCUCCGCAAACUUUCCGGUGAGUAAUUUCUAUGAAAGUCCGACCUGUGGUUGUGGUUUCGACUGUGUGAAUGGGAAAAGAAUGAUUAAGAAUUUGGUGUCUGCUCUUUUAGGUCAGUCUUUAGCUUUCUAGUGCCAAAAUGUGGGUUUGGGCAAUGAUGUUGUUGGAUCAAAAUUAAGAUUAAAUAUGAUUUGAGAAUAAAUAUAUGUAUGACUAUGUCACUUGUUCCUGAAUGUUUACUUGCUUCUCUGUAUGAUUUAUGAAACUCCGAUCUGGAGGCCGCCAAGGUUAUGAA